AUGCCUGGUUAUACACCCAACAAUAAGACAAUGCCUGGUUAUACACCCAACAAUAAGACAAUGCCUGGUUAUACACCCAACAAUAACACAAUGCCUGGUUAUACACCCAACAAUAACACAAUGCCUGGUUAUACACCCAACAAUAACACAAUGCCUGGUUAUACACCCAACAAUAACACAAUGCCUGGUUAUACACCCAACAAUAACACAAUGCCUGGUUAUACACCCAACAAUAACACAAUGCCUGGUUAUACACCCAACAAUAACACAAUGCCUGGUUAUACACCCAACAAUAACACAAUGCCUGGUUAUACACCCAACAAUAACACAAUGCCUGGUUAUACACCCAACAAUAACACAAUGCCUGGUUAUACACCCAACAAUAACACAAUGCCUGGUUAUACACCCAACAAUAACACAAUGCCUGGUUAUACACCCAACAAUAACACAAUGCCUGGUUAUACACCCAACAAUAACACAAUGCCUGGUUAUACACCCAACAAUAACACAAUGCCUGGUUAUACACCCAACAAUAACACAAUGCCUGGUUAUACACCCAACAAUAACACAAUGCCUGGUUAUACACCCAACAAUAACACAAUGCCUGGUUAUACACCCAACAAUAACACAAUGCCUGGCUAUACACCCAACAAUAAGACAAUGCCUGGCUAUACACCCAACAAUAACACAAUGCCUGGUUAUACACCCAACAAUAACACAAUGCCUGGUUAUACACCCAACAAUAACACAAUGCCUGGUUAUACACCCAACAAUAACACAAUGCCUGGUAAUACACCCAACAAUAUUCAUUGCAUUUUCAUUAGAAAAGUGCAUUAUCCUGGAAUAAGCCUGUCUCCCUACAGAGAGCUUAACUUUCAUAUGUAA